AUGUUUGACAGCUCGCAGUAUCCCUAUAAUUGCUUCAAUUAUGAUGCAGACGACUACCCUGCAGGCAGCUCAGACGAAGAGAAGAGGCUCACAAGACCCGCAUACAGCUAUAUCGCCCUGAUCGCCAUGGCCAUCCAGCAGAGCCCAGCGGGCAGGGUAACCCUGUCGGGCAUCUACGAGUUCAUCAUGCGCAAAUUCCCCUAUUACCGUGCCAACCAGCGCGCCUGGCAGAACUCCAUCCGUCACAACCUAUCCCUCAACAGUUGCUUCAUCAAGGUGCCGCGCACGGAGGGCCAGGAGAAGGGCAAAGGCAACUAUUGGACGUUCGCCGGCGGCUGCGAGUCGCUGUUGGACCUUUUCGAAAAUGGCAACUACCGCCGGCGGCGGCGACGCCGCGGUCCCAAGCGCGAGGGGCCACCGCGCGCAUCGGUAGGAGCCGCCGAAGGGCCCCCGGGUCCUCCCGAGCCCGUCAGCUCGCGGGACUCCCCUGCUGCCCGCGAGCCCCCGACCUCCACGAGACCCGCUGACCCCGCAAAGGAGGAGCACAAGGACAUCAAGUUCAGCAUUGACUACAUCCUCUCUGCCCCUGACCCUUUUCCUGGCCUCAAGGGGCCCCACGGCACUCAGGGGGGCUCAUAUCCCCAGCUGGAGGCCCAGCACAUGAACCUCCACUUUUGGACUUUGUGAGGAGGGAGCUGAGGCUGUUCCCCACCCCAUGCUGGGGGAUGGGCCGCCAUGCUGCCAACCUAGGGUCUUCCAGUAAUUUCAGCCCCCUCUGGAUUCAGCCAAGAAGCAAGGCUUUGCCACACCAUGCAAAUGUCUUCCACAGACCCACACUGUGCUGAACUCCUCCUGGGUUGGAGGGAAAGGAGAAUUCAUUCGAUCUUGUGACAGGUACUCAUUGUAGAAUUGUGGUUUUAUCUUUUCAUAAAAAAGUUC